GCUUGGCCAGAGGAUGCUCUUGAAAUGGUGGCCAACACAGCUUUUGCUGAUAUCGAGUUGGAGGACAACGUGCGCUUCCUCAACGAACUGCGUCGACAUAAUUACGUCACUCCGACCUCCUAUCUGGAAAUGAUACGCACCUUUAAGAAACUGUUGGGCUUGAAACGGAAUGAGCUGACAAUGAUGCGCAAUCGUUACCUCACGGGUCUGGAGAAGCUAGAAUUUGCCGCCGGAGAGGUUGGCAAGAUGCAGGUGGAACUGGUGGAACUUCAGCCCCAGCUCAUCGUCACCGGCCAGGAGACGGAUAAACUACUGGCCAAAGUCGCCAAGGACACUAUCCAGCUUUUUAUGUUCAUGCUACCUUUCACGGGGCCACACUGA